GUGGAGUAUGUGAAAUAGAAGCUUGUGCUGUUAUUUUUAGGAAUGACUCUCUUGCUCUCCAUCCUUUUCCAGGGCUGUUCUUGGCUAACUUUCCCAUGAAUUUGUAACUUUUACUGUGGUUCUCUUAUGUAACAGGAAACAAGUUGACGGGAACAAACGCACUGCCUGCAUAUCAGCUGUAUCCAUAACAGCAGCUUAUUUAGUUCAGCAUUGCCUUUGCUUUGCUAAGCAGAUAGCAUCGCAUAGAAGAAGGAGGCUGUGUGACUGUUUGGUGCCUAUUUUGUUCUUUUUUUUCUUAAAGCAAGAAACAACUGUUUGCUCAGCAUAAAAUUGGAACAAUUCAGAGGGUGAAAUGGAGAAGAUGGGUUUUUGGUGAAGUUAAAAGUUUGUUAGUGUCAUGUCCUGGGAUUGUGGAUUUAAGUAUCUCUUUCCUUUCCCACCGACACUCAAGGCAGGAGUUAUGUGCAAGCUUCAAGAACGAGAAGAUAUUGGGCACCUUGAACUUGUCCAGAAGUUUGCAAAAGAAAAUUGUCAUGUUCCACAGGCAGAUAAAAGAGAACCAGGGAAUACAGACCAGCUGGAUGAUGAAGUGACCACUGUUCAAGUGAAGGAACUGGACCAAGAUGUGCUGGUGCUUAGGAAAGUGUUGUCACAGAGCCCAGCCCCCAUGUCGGGGAGUGUCGAGAGUGAUUGGAGAUACGUGGUGGUAUCAGGGACACCAGAGAAGAUUUUGGAGUAUGUCCUGAAUGACCUGCACCUGGAAGAAGUACAGGACAAAGACACAGAAACUCUUCUGGAUGACUUCCUCCUUACAUACACAGUCUUCAUGACAACAGAUGACUUGUGUCAAGCUCUGCUGAGACAAUAUCCUUCACUAAACCUUCAAGACAAGGAUGAAAUUCUUGAUGUUCCCUGCAGAAAGCGAAAGGUCUUGCAUUUGGUGUCACAGUGGACCUCACUCUACAAAGACUGGUUGCAUGAAGAUGAGCAUUUGAAGCAGUUUCUUAAGACAAUAUAUAGGAAUGUGUUAGAUGAUGUGUAUGAAUACCCUAUAUUGGAGAAGGACCUAAAAGAAUUUCAGAAAUUACUUGGAAUGCAUCGUCGUCACACAGUAGAUGAAUAUUCACCUCACAGAAAGCAUAAAGCCAUUUUACAUCAAUUCAGCCUCAAGGAGAACUGGCUCCAGAACAGAGAAACUGUGAAUGAAACAGAGGAAGUUUUUUGCCAUGUGUAUAUAACAGAACAUUCUUACAUCAGUUUAAAAACUAAAUUAUCCACUUCAGUUCAAGAGAUUUUGAAAAUUGUAGCAGAGAAGCUCCAGCAUUCCCAAGAAGAUCUGGCUCUAGUGGCCCUUUCAUUCUCUGAAGAAAAGCAUGAAUUGCAACCAGAUGAUCUGGCAAUCUCCAAAUCGCUUGAGCUUUCUGCUCGUAUGUUUCUCUUUCGAAAGGAUCUGACAGAUAGUUUGAUCCCUUUUGCUGAAAAUGAGGAAAUCCAGCAACGAUCAGUGAAAAUUUUGGGGAUUAACACCUGGGACCUUGCUUUGGAAUUAACAAUUUUUGACUGGAAUCUUUUCAAUUUGGUUCAUGAACAAGAACUGAUAUAUUUCACCUUCAGCCGACAAGGCAGCGGGAAAAACACUGUGAAUCUUAGUCUUCUGCUUCAAAGAUGCAACGAAGUUCAACUCUGGGUUGCCACAGAAAUACUACUCUGCAACCAGCUCUGUAAACGUGUACAGCUGGUGAAAAAGUUCAUUAAAAUUGCUGCUCACUGCAAAGCCCAACGAAAUCUGAAUUCAUUUUUUGCCAUUGUCAUGGGACUUAACACUGCCUCUGUCAGCCGGCUUUCUCAGACAUGGGAGAGAAUGCCUGGAAAGUUUAAGAAGCUCUUUGCUGAACUUGAAAGUUUGACAGAUCCUUCUCUGAAUCACAAAGCCUAUAGGGAUGCGUUCAAGAAAAUGAAAUCUCCAAAGAUUCCCUUCAUGCCUUUACUCCUUAAAGAUGUGACAUUUAUACAUGAAGGAAACAAAACAUUUCUGGAUAACCUUGUAAAUUUUGAAAAGCUGCACAUGAUUGCAGACACAGUCCGAUCAUUGAGGCAUUGUAGGCGCAACCAAUUUGGAAAUGAAAUACCCUCAAAAGAGCAUGAGGAGCUGAAGUCCUAUGUCCAUCAUUUGCAUAUCAUUGAUAAUCAACAGAUGUUGUUUGAACUUUCUCACAGGAUAGAACCUCGUAUGUGAAUUCAUGCUCACUCACAUAACUCCAGCACUUCUAAUUAAAUGAAUAUUUAUGUGCCAAGCAUGUUACUUCCCUAAGAAAUGGAUGGUUACUGAGUUUUAUCAGUAAUUGGUGCCACAGUACAUGCAGGCAUCUCAUGCAAAGCAAGAGGAGGAGCUCUUCACAACAGCCUCCCGAGAUGAAGAAAUGCCACAUCCAUUCAGCUGCAGAGAAGAAAUGCAUUCACCAUAUUCAAAACCUUGAUUUUCUUGAAAACCUUAUUCAAAAUAGCUUUCAGUCCCACAUCCAUCAGUGUUAAAUUGAAAUAAAAUGUUCUGUCUUUAUAAGGACCUAUUCAGCUAACAGCACUGUUUUGAGAAAAGUGCUCAUAAUUUGGCACGCAGGGAUAUACCUCACUAAUCAUAAGCUGCCCAAAGUAUUGACUGUGGGGCCAAAAUGAAAGCAGCAGGGCAGGUAUUGGUGAAUCUUCCCUGAUACAUGUGCUGGCAUCCACUUCAAGCUCAAAGCAUAAAGACAAGUUGUUAGAAUUCAGCAUACUUAAUAGAAUUUAACAAAGUGUAAAAUUUGAGCCAAGCACAGUUAAUACUUGAGUUUAACGUAUUUCAAAAUGUGCUGCCUAUAAAGCAAGAUGUCACCUCAUCAAUUAUAGUAACCCAUGCUGUCCUUUUAUGCCAGAUUAGAAUUUAGAGUACUGUGCUUUUAAUAUUUCCUAUAGAUAAUGCUUUUUGAACUUUAGAGCCAUCUCAGUUUUUUUAUCCUUUCCUAGUAAUUCUAUUAGAGGCAAGCAGUGUCACAAAAGUGUCCUGCCUGUAGCUUUAUUACAAACAAAUGUAGUGUGUUUUACUUCUAUGUCCACUUUACUAAUUACCAUUAUUAUCUUUAGACUGGUGCAAGUUUAUUGCAAAACAGUGCUAAAUUGGUAAGGAAGAAUCUAUCAUGUGGGGCUGUUGCUUGCAACUCAAAAAACUAGAAUCCCCAGAAUUACCUCAAAGAAGUAAUGAGUGAAAGUACUAUGGCACACUUACUAUACUUUAUAGCUAAGUUAAAUCUGAUCUUGUUGUCUAAGUCAUAAACCAUGAUUUACAAACAUAAGUUCAUACAACAUACUAAGCCAAAUUCAAAUAAAUCAUAUGGUUUAUCUCAUGAAUCUGACCAUAGAAGAGAUGUACUUUGAGAAACAGGCAUACUGCUGUUUUUUCCUUGCUUUGUUAAAAGCUGAGGAUGAAUUCCAGUUUACAAGAAGAGGAGGACUCUGACUACCAGAAGAGAAUUUGCAUUGGAAAUGAAAUGGAUGAUUCUCAAGAAAGUUUUUUGUUGGCUUUCUUUCAUCAAGGUGCAGCUAUAAAGGAGAAAGGCUGAAGAUUAUCUAUUGAGCUUCACAUUGACAAGAUUGCUUUUCAUUCACAUUGCUGUAAGAAAGUGCUGUGCUGUCAAGAUCACAGCAUGAUGCAACACAAAGAAGGAGAAUCUGUGAUUUCAUGAGUAGCACUUUCCAGUAACUUCUGUGACACUUGCAUAACUAUGUUUAAGCAGUACAUUCAUUCUGGGUGGCAACAUGGUAAUCUAUGAUUUAAAAAAAUGCUUCUUGGAGAGAAAGAUUUAGAAUCUAUGCAACAAAUAUGUGUGACAAUCACAGAUUUGUUGCUAUGUAUUCGAAUGUAUUUGAACAUGUGACUUAAAAGUGAAAGCUUUGAUGUAAUAACUCUCAUGCCUCAGUUUUCUCUUUGAGAGAUCAAAGCUACAUGUACAUUCUUGAAAUCAUGUCUGCAACUUGUUCCUGUCUUCAGAAUGUCUUCAUUAUCCUUCUAUUAAGGGUUCUCAAGGAAUUGCCUGAAGAAUGUGGUAAAUACAAUGCAAAGCAAUGCAUUUCACUGUGAGAAUCUAUUUAUAUGCAGCUUUAUACAAAAUAGACUUUUAUAGUACCACAGGAACAUACUGCUUUGUGAUACUACUGGCCAACAAGAGAGGGUGUGUUAAAAAUUAGGCCUGCCUUGAAAACACCUGAACUAUUUUCUUUAUUGUGCUGCUGCUUAGUUCACAUUUAUUCAAGAAGUUUUUCUACACAAGCUCCUUCUCAGAAGAUUGACUUGUUGGGGGACAAAAGCAGUUUUAAGUGAUAAGGAAUUGUUGAUUAUAAUUUCUUUGGUUUGGUUUGUUUGUUUGUUUAUAAUGAAGUAGAGAGUCUUUCCAUUAGAUUUGGCCUUCCUCAUGAGAAAAAAAUUGAAAAUUCUGUACAGGUAUAAUAUAAAGGAAAGAAUGUAUGUUUCUGAAACGUAAUUGGUAGUAUUUAGUAUAUUGGUUAUCCAAUGUCUUCUAGGAAUUAUUUGGUAGAAAUUAUUAAGUAGACAAUAGAUUAUUUUGUUAGAUAGUUGGACAAAUUAGAAACAACAUAGAUAAGCUCUUUAGGAAUUUCCAGGAUGUUUUUCUUACAGCAACUUAGAUGAAGAAGCAAUAUAUUUGUUAACCAAAUAGCAGCUGUUUGGUUUGGCAGUAGGAGUUGCUGUAGGAAGUUGCUGUAGUAAGGAACAUGUUUCGAGCAUUAUCGUUAUCCACAGACAAAAAUAGCAUUUUCAGAGGGAGAAGUCCCAACUGUUGUAAAUCGGCUUUUUGUGCACACAAACUGACCACACCUUCAACAAUGGAACUGAACAUUUUGAAACAAGGCUUUCCAAACCUGGCUUAUUUCAUCACACCAUUGCACGGGGAUAUUUGGAGGGGAGAAUCAGAGCCUGUUAUUUAAUCCACCUAUUAAGGUGGGCCUCUGAUUUUGCUAAGGCUGGAUUUAAACUUAGAAAGUAAAGAUACAUCCACAUUAGUAGCUCCGACAUGCAACACGACUUUUUUUAAACUUUUCAUUGUCCAGCUACUUACUAAGUAACUUGCCACCUAAUGGAAUAAAUUAACUGGAAAGGAUGGGACUUGCAGGGGAGGAUUGGUAGAUACAAGACUGAUGAUGCAUAACACAGGCUGGCUAAUUCUUACCUCUAGAUGUCCUCUUGCCUCUACACAUCCAUUAACCGUUAGCUGGUGUAAUUGCAGUGUUAAGACUAGCAUUAGAGCUACUGUUUUGGUUCUUCCUUGACAAGACAGUAAUGUGAAUUCAAAUCUGGCUUUUCUGUUGUGCUGUUCUGAAACCUCUUUCCUGCUUUUAUGAGCAAGCUUAAUGCUUAGUGAUAUAAAGCAAAAACUGGAUAACUUUCAUAUCUGGUUAGCUGGACUAUCUGGUGCCGGCUUUGUAGGCAGAAUUACUUGAGUCCUUCAGUUCAGUGGCCACUUGGUCAUUAUUUAGCCAAAGGGACCAGUCAGAAUUAAAUUAUGAGCCAAAUAUUUCAUGAUGCUAAAAAUAAGUUAUGGUUACAACUUGGAUCUCACUCUACCUCUGCAAGAGAUUAUAG